CAUGAACAUUCUCAUUUAUUCCAUCACAGGAGGUAUCUGAGGGUAUCUAGGGCUCCCCAAUGCACCUGGGGAUCAUACACUAUUAGAAGACCAAUGGAUCCCCUUAGAACACCAUGCUCCCUGCUUGUUGUCUUGCUCUUCUCAGCUUUGGUUCUUUCUCCCACCCUGGCAAUUGAAGUUUACACUGAUCGAGAACUCCAUGGAACAGUGGGGUCAAGGAUCACCCUCUCCUGCACAUUCUGGUCAAGUGAAUGGAUUUCUGAUGACAUCUCAGUGAGCUGGCACUACCAGCCCGAUAACAGCAGGGACACAUAUUCAAUAUUCCACUAUGCCAAGGGACAGCCAUACAUUGAUGACACUGGAUUGUUUAAAGAUCGCAUUGAGUGGAUCGGAUACCCAAAGAGCAAAGAUGGGUCCAUUGUGAUUCAUGACCUUGAAUUCACGGACAAUGGCACCUUCACCUGUGAUGUGAAGAACCCACCUGAUGUAGUGGGCAAGUCUUCCUAUGUUCAUCUCCUUGUCCACGAUAAAGCUCCGAUCCGCGCAGGAGUGAUCCUGGGUAUCAUCAUUGGGGCUGCUUUGGGACUGGUAAUUGUUGUGGCUAUAAUCGCUUACCUGAUUCGUUACUGCUGGCUGAGAAGGCAGGUUCGGAUGCAGAGGGAGCUAAGCGCACUGGAGAGAGGAAAACUUCACAAAUCUUCCAAAGAUUCAUCCAAACGUAGCAGACAGACCCCAAUCCUGUACGCCAUGUUAGACCAGACCAGAAGCGGCAAAUCUUCAAGCGAGAAAAAAUCCAAGGGAGGGAUUGGAGAUUCACGCAAAGAUAGGAAAUAGCAAUUAGCAGGCAGGGAAGGUACACAGAAGGCAGAGGAGGAUUCCCCCCGCAGCUCCAAGGUGGUCUACACCAUUGAAAUGGAGCUGAGGGGAGAAGAAGAUGGGGAUCAACCCCACAGAGCCGCUGUAAAGUCUCCCAGCAAAACUAGCCUCAAAAACGCCUUAAAGAAUUUAAUAAAAAGUGACUCAGAGAAAUAAGCCUAAUUAAUAGAAGAGCACUGGGGGUUUGGGAGCAUGGGGAUGCUUGGAAAUUAAUCAUCUAGAAGACACCACCAUCAGCCAGUAGUAUCCUUUGCUAUCUAGCUAUAACUUUAUUCCAGAUCUUUUUUUAAUAUUUAGUACACCAUGAGAACCCAAGAGAUAAGAUAAUCUGAAGACAGAAAUAGAGAUCAUAUAUUUGUGCUACAAAUUUCUCCAGAAAUGUAACUUGAUCUACAUAUUCCCUAGAACAGUAGAUGAGGUUUCUAGUGGAGGAGAUUCCCAAGUUAAGACUCACCCCACACUCUUUCUAAAGCUCCCAAACCCUCAAUGGUCACAUGGCACGGCUAAUGCCUUUGAUAACCUAUACAUAGACAUUUGUGUACCUUUCCCUGCGGGAAGUUAGCAAGAAAUAUUAGAGAAAAAAAAGAAUUCAUGAAGAUAUCUGCUUGGACAUUGGGGAGCCCAGCUUAUCAUCCCAGGAGUCGCCACAGUGUAAUACAACAUUAUGAUUUACCCAUCAGGUUCCUUUAAUAUUUUAGCUGUAGAGUGUGGAACUUACUGUAGUUAAAACAAACUGGCGCUAUCUUUUAUCUACAAAAUGUGGCUUCAUAAUGUUACACUCCUGUCUACUAACAGAUUAAUAUUUAUAUAAAGUGAGAAAAUGAGUAUUUAAAAGAAAUAUUGGUCAAAAGGUAAAUAUCAUAACUACAAAUAGAGAAGACUUAUCAGGAUAGUUUGGUCUCAGUCUGCUCUGCAUUCUGUUUCUUAUUGUUCAGUUAAGUUUAUAAUAACCAGGCUCAACCUAUUGCCACACAUUAGUAAAAGGUAUGUACUAAGUAAUAGUGAACAACUAGGAGCCAUACUAUAAGAAAUAUAAUACAUUGCAGACUCACUGGUGGCAGAAGUCUCAAAGCCAAAUUAGUCAAUGUAUCUUAUCAGAAAAACAGAGACUUGUGAAUGAGUCUGCAUCAUAUUUGUAAUCCACACUAUUAAUUUUAUACAGGUUUAGACAAUGUGAAGCUACAUAAAGCAUGGGAUUUAAACUCGGAGUGUGAUUAUGUUUGCAGCUCUCUACUUUGAAAUGCAUACAAAAUGGAGGUGACUUGUAAAACAGUGGUGUAGAGAUAUAAUAGGAGUUCCAUCUUCAGUCUUGAUCACACUGGGAUUUGUAGCCUUUUUAUUGAUGGGCUCAUGCAUCAUAUUGCCAAGUCAGGUGGUACUGUUUUUUUUUCUUCCUGGCUUCUUCCCAUGUGUCAUCCCAAAAAAUAUGACAAAUGCCUUAGAAACAAUGUGUAGGCAUUAUAUCUGACACAAUAAUGAUGUAGUUUAUGACUACCACUGGUUAUGAUGUUCUGUGCUUCUUCAAUGAAUAGCUUGAACGUACAAAUAUUGCCCUUUCUGCCUCUCUCCAGGGCAAUAUUUCUACAGUCUUAUCCAUUCUGCUGCCAAUGGACAGAGGAAGUGGGUAAGCUUUCUGGUUUCUGUGAACCUCAAAGCUUCUUAAGAGAACAUUAAUGCUUUAAUACUCACCCAGUGGGGUUCUACAGGGAUCAAAAAAAUACAAAUCUCAGGAUUUAGUUUAUAGGGGGAACACCACAGAAUUGUAUAUAGGAUAUCUGCAAUGGGUAACUGUUAUGUUUUCCUAUAUUCCACCAACUUUCAUUUUAUGUACGUCUUGAAUUUCGAUUGAGUGUAAAUGUGGUUUAAUAUACUUUGGUGUAUUUUUAUGUCAUUCUAAAUGUUUCCAUUUUUUCUGGUGCUGCAUUGUUUGUCUUUUUAGGCCAUGAAACUGAGGCAAAAUGAAGUUUCUUGGUUGGAUAUAUUUGUAUAAAUAAAUCCCUUUUCUUAUUUUCUGGCCCUAUGUAAUUAAAAAUAACUGUUUUUACAUUUUUAUUUUCAGUUGUUUGGUAUUUUCUUGAUUCAUUUUAGUUAGUCACUUCACCAAAUUUGACAUUACAGUUUUGCAAUGCAUUCUGGGCCUGUUUCUCUACUUUCAUAAGAUAACUGCAUUUGCUUAACUGACUGGUACUAUAUAAUGUAAUUACUUAUUUGCUGUUAGAAGUGUCUUACAGUAUGUUCAUAGCAAUCCUAAAAGCAAAGGGGUUAUGUUAUGGUACUUAAGUCAUGUUAUCCUGGACUUUGAAGCAAAACAUUCUGGGUAUCUUUCACCUGAUACAUCUAUUUCAUUAAAGGGCAAACAUUUGAUUUCUCUCUAUUUAGUUAUUUGGGUCUGACCACGUCUCUGGAAUGCUUUGCUAUUUUCAAAAUGGCUGUCUGCUUGUUACAUAGCCAACUAUACAGUGCAAAGUAUAAUAGACAGAGUUGGCCCUAUUUAUUCUUUAAGUGUGUAUAAAUGUAUAUAAAUAAAAGGUAAUGAUAAGCGAAUAUUGGUCAUGUCCAUGCCAUGUUUCCCCACUCUCUCAUCAUACACAAUCAAAAAUGACUAUAAAAUUGUUAAUAAAAACUUACAUUUCUGGAAAACAAA